GUUGUUGGCGGAGUAGCACGAGCAGCGCGGUUCCUGGAGAAAAACUAGGAGGGACGUUCGCGGUGUUUAUAUUGUUUAACUGUUCAUUAACCUGCAAGUUAUCCCGUAUAACGUUUUCCUCGCCUUAAUUUUUUUCUUCUGGGACGGGCUGUAGUCUUCCUUGCUGAAGCACCAGUUUCAACAUCGCAACGUUAACGUGUGUGUGUGUGUGAGAAGCUAACUAGCCUUUAGCUGCCAUGAGUGACAUUGUACGAGGCCCUGCUGGAAACAACGACUGCCGAAUUUACGUCGGGAAUCUCCCGCCUGAUAUUCGGACCAAAGAUGUGGAAGAUGUGUUCUACAAAUACGGAAAUAUUCGAGAUAUCGACCUGAAAACCCGCAGAGGAGGACCACCCUUCGCUUUCAUUGAAUUUGAAGACCCCAGGGAUGCUGAUGAUGCAGUGUAUGGGCGUGAUGGUUAUGACUAUGACGGCUACAGACUGCGUGUGGAGUUUCCUCGCAGCGGUAGGGGUUCCAGGGGUGGCUUUGGCGGGAUUGGUGGCGUUUCCAGAGGAAGAUAUGGACCCCCAUCCAGACGCUCUGAGAACAGAGUCAUUGUUUCAGGACUCCCUCAGAGCGGCAGCUGGCAGGACUUGAAGGACCACAUGCGUGAAGCUGGGGAUGUGUGCUAUGCCGACGUUUUCAGAGAUGGAACUGGAGUUGUAGAAUUUGUGCGCAAGGAAGACAUGAGCUAUGCCGUCCGAAAGCUGGACAACACCAAAUUCCGCUCACAUGAGGGAGAGACCGCUUACAUUCGUGUGAAAUUAGAUGGUCCCCGCAGCCCAAGUUAUGGAAGAUCACGCUCCCGUAGCCGUGGCAGCCGGAGCAGGAGCCGCAGUCGCAGCCGAAGCCGCAGCCAGUCCCAGUCCCGUACUCGUGGCCGAGGAUCUCCCCGCUACUCGCCUCGUCAUAGCCGUUCCCGCUCUCGUUCCUAAAAGUUUCUGCCCAAAUGUUCCCCCUUUUGAUGUAUGCCCUCCUGUUUUUACCUCUUCUGUUCCCCCUCAGAUGUCAGCUGUUUUUAAUUUUUACAUUCAUUGUCCCAAUGUUGUGGAUGAUCUUGAUAUGUAGGUAUAUCAUCCUCUUCCCACCUUUCCAGCUGCUUUGUCUCCCCCUUCCCCUCCCCUCCCCCAACCCUCUCCUAUCGGUGGGGAAAAAUAUUUUUUUUCAACAUUUGAGAAAUUAUGCGACGUUAAACUUCAAAAAUGCUGAGUUGCAAUAAGUUGCACUCAGUGUUUUUGCAAGUGUUGAAAUCUGAGUUAGUUUUUUUUUUUUUUUUUUUUUUAUGUGCUCUGCUGGGAUGUGGAUUGGGCUGUUUGGAUGGGGAGCUCAGUGCUUAACUGUAUUUUACCCUUGUGUCUUCCUUUAGACAUCUGAAGAGAAGGAUUAAAGUGAUUUGGAAUAAAAACCAUUGUGGAGCACAUUUCAUUUGUAUGGUCAGGAUAGGACAUCUAGAUGAGGAGCAAUCAGGUCAAGAGGCGAUGGUAUGCUUCAUAUUCCAUAAAUUGUUUUGUUUUUGUUUUUAUUUUAUAGGUUGCCAUGUGAUGCAUGUCACGCUAACAAAGCCAUUUGUGCUGUACUUUGUAAUUUUUUUUUCUGAACAUGCUACUUGGCCUGUGACGAUGAGCAAUCCUAUUUAAUUUGUGACUUCUGAAGUGUAAAAAUCAGAUUUAGAUGGACAACAUCCCACUUCUAACUUGGUGUCCUCACCGGUUUAAAAAAAAGUUAAAUUUCAGUGAGUAGUUUUGGUGCUCGGUGGCAUUUUAUUAGUUUUUUUCUUUUUUUUAAGCCAGUAUCUGUGCUCAACAUGGAAAACUGGGCUCAAAUUUGACAUUUAUUCUAACGGCUUGCCUCUGAUUUUCUUCCUGGUAUUUCAAGGUUUUGAUUGGAGGAGUGGCUCAAUGGAUCCCAAUCCUUGGAGCUGGAUGAGUGGAUCGAUUAGGGAAGGGAUAGGCAAGGAUGGCUGCUCGGAAACUGGAUCAGUAUUCCAGGAAUCAGAUGAGUUGAUUGAGAACUAAUUAUGGAGUCCCAGAGCAACUUUUUUUGUUAGACUCCCCCAUCCCCCUUCUUUUUUUUUUUUAAUUCUUCCUCCUUUUCAAAGUUUUUGAAUAUGGCUUUAUUUACAAGAAAAGGAAACGGAGGACCAGGAAGUUGGAUCACAGGAUGGAAUCGUAGAUGCCUGGUAUGAAGGAAUCAAAUUGGGGAGGUUGAUGGGUGGGUGGGUAUCAUCAUUUGGGAGUAGUUUGUAUGUUUUGCUUAAUCUUUAUUUCUCCUAGCAUUUUCAAUAAACUUUUAAAACUAUU